GCCGCCACCACCACUAACUCAACUCAUCACUGCCUGGGAAGCGAACUUGUUUUCUUGUCUUUUCCCUCAUGGAAGAAGAUGACCCUUUUCUCGCCACCCAAACAGGGCCCCAACUCCAACGCAUUCCCGAGGAGAACCCCCAUCAUGGUUUCUCUUUUAGUAUCCCAUCAGAAAUUCAAGAAUACCACCCUCAGGUCGGAGACUCAAUUGCCCAAUUCAAGAAAUCCGGUUCACUUCAUCGCUGCAGAACAGCACCUGCCAUGGCCGUCGUGCGGGACCUCAAGCCUAGAACAGCCCAAGUGCCGAAACCCCAGUCCGAAGCCAGCUUCAUUAUCAGGCAAGCUGUUUCUCUCCUCACAAUUUACUUAGCACUUGGUGUGGUUAUCUAUACGUUUAAUAGAGAAAAUUUCUCCGGAAUUGAAACCCACCCGGCCGUCGAUGCUCUGUAUUUCUGUAUAGUCACUAUGUGCACAAUUGGGUACGGCGAUAUUACCCCUCUGACUCCGGCGACAAAGGUUUUUGCUUGCGUUUUUGUUUUGGUGGGUUUUGGGUUUAUAGAUAUUUUGCUUAGUGGGCUUGUGAAUUAUGUUCUUGAUUUGCAAGAAAACAUGAUAUUGACCGGAAUUCAGAUGAAGAAAUCGCAGCCGGGAUUUUCGGCCCGGAAUUACAUCGUGGAUGUAGAAAAGGGGAGGAUGAGGAUAAGACUCAAGGUGGGUUUGGCACUUGGCGUGGUGAUACUGUGUAUUGCGGUGGGAGCCUUUGUGCUUUUCUUCGUGGAGGGAUUGGAUUGGAUUGACUCUGUUUAUUUGUCGGUUAUGUCUGUUACUACAGUUGGGUAUGGGGACCGAGCGUUCAAGACCCUACCCGGCAGGCUGUUUGCGGCCAUCUGGCUUCUGGUUUCGACGCUGGCAGUGGCCAGGGCUUUCCUGUAUUUGGCAGAGGCGAGAAUUGACAAGAGGCACAGAACAAUUGUUAAGUGGGUGUUACAGAGGGAAAUCACAGUUGAGGAUUUGCUUGCUGCCGAUAUGAACAAUGAUGGUUUUAUCAGUAAAUCAGAAUAUGUCAUCCACAAGCUGAAAGAGAUGGGAAAAGUUGGGGAGAAAGACAUAUUGGAGAUCUGCAACCAAUUCAGCAAGCUUGACCCUAACAACUCUGGGAAGAUAACACUGCCUGAUCUCUUAGAAAAUCGCUUGUGACAAUGAUAAGGAUGCAGCAUUGGCAUUCUUUCAACUAGCUAGAUUAGUAAGAAUUUAUGAUCACAUUCCUGGACAAAGUGUGUAAUUCCACAAAAUGCAGAACACCAGUGUCGUCGUACAAUAGACUUUGCAGAUUCAUUGAUGUUCCACAAAAUGCAGAAGCUUAACAGACCGAAUGCAAUUUGACAACAAGCUUUUGCUUGAGAGGAUAUGCUCACGAAGGUUAGAAAAUUAAAUCCAUACCUUACUGGCGUGUUUAGAGUCAAUAGAUGGUGUAGAAAGAGAAAGGGAUUCAGAUGACCAUUCCAUGAAUUUUGAAUUGUAAAUUUGUUUGUGGUAUCUGUUGCCAAUGUAUUCCUCCAAAAAAUUCAAUGAAAAGCGUAUAUAUUG